ACAUUCCCCCAGGGAUGGAUCCAAAUAUAAACAAGAAGAAGAAGAGGCGAUCCAAAGUGUCUCCUUCUGAUGGAGAGUCCUUUGGGGGAAAACAACAAUGCCUUUGAGAUGGAGGAUACUGAUGAGGACAAAACCAAAAACUUUAACAGGAAAUCUUUGUCAGCAUUCAAGAAGGCUGUAGAAAAUGUAGGGCCAAAGAGGAAUGCAUUCCAAGCCAUAUCAAAUGCAAAGGCAUCAGGAACUCGUUGGAGGAAGUAUGUGACGUGCAGACGACUCCAUAAGGAAGAGUCUGAAAGUGCGGAUGUGUUGUCAAGAACUAAAACCAGUGGUCUAGGGCUGGAUGAAAUUCACGAUGAUUAUCUCCUCAACAACAAAAUCGACGGCACGGAUGGGAAGCGUAACAGUAAACUCUGUGCCGAAAAUAACCGAGCACUGAUUCACUAUUUUGCUGACCUUGGAAGAAAGCAAGAUGAUAGCGUGAAUGUUAACUUGGACUUCAUUGAAUCUUUAUUAAAAGGGGGAGCCCAGGUAGAUUGCACUGACAAACAUGGGCAGACUGUUUUGCACGAGGUUGCUCGGGCAUGGCACAGUGAUGUGGCUAAGUUCCUUAUUGAGCAGGGAGCAGAUGUGAACCAGCCUGAUAAAUUUGGUCGCACCCCGCUACAUGUGGCCGCCGCGGUCGACUAUCCGGAAAUGGUUAACCUCCUGAUAGACCAUGGUGCUGACAAAGAGGCUCUCACUGAUGGAGAGCUGCAGGGACCCGUCCACUAUGCAGCCAAACAUGAUGCUUGCCUUUCCCUGAAAGCUCUCAUCAAGAGAGGCUGUGAGUUCAGAAUGGUUAGAGACUACAAAGGCCGAACACCAAUCCAUGUGGCAGCUGAAUUGGAUCGUAGUGAGACGGCUCGUUUGUUACUGGAGUUAGGUGCUCCUGUUGGAGUUUCAGACAACUGUGGUCAAAAAGCAAUAACCCUCAUGAUCACAAAGAUGCCACCUGUUGCCAAAGAUGCCUUAGAUCAAUUCCACAAGAAAUACCGAGCAGAGAGGAAGCAAUAUUAUUUUUUGAGUUAUCUAAUACAGGAAAAUUCAGACGGAAGCGAGGCACAGUCUCCAAUGCUGGUAGCCGUAGCUCACAAACAGCACGAUAUACUAACACACAAAGUCAUGUUAAAGCUUUUACGGGUGGACUGGAAGAUGUUUGCAAGCCAAGGGGCUUGGGUGGCAGUUUUGUUUAACUUUUUCUUCAUCCUUCUGUGGACAAUCAUGGGUGUGGUCGUAGAAUAUGACAAGAGACACGUGUAUGUUCUGCCUGAUCAGUGGUGGAGAGUCGUGUUAUUCAUUGCUGCUGUGUUCUUGACCAUUUACCAGAUUGCAGAUGAGCUUAUAGAAUACAACAGGUCCAGAAAAUCACAUAAUAAAUGGAAGGCAUGGAGGGAGAAGGAGAUAGAGCGUGACUUGGUAUACGCUCACCCCCAGUGGCCAGAAGAGGCUAAUUUUCUGUGGAGGGAGACCGAGAAUCUGGAUAAGAUACGCCCCAAGUACUUCAGUGACUGGUGGAAUGUCUUUGACUGGGUGUGUUACAUUCUCUUGCUGGCGUCUAUCAUCACCCACAUCGCCGACGUCGCCGCUCACUCUGACCUUCUGGCACGCUGGCACAUCCGUAUUCUAGCCUUCACCAUCAUCCUCCUCUGGUUAAGGCUCAUGAAGAACGCUCGAGCUUUUGAACGGUUGGGACCCUUCAUCGUCAUUUUAGCCCACAUGUUCGGUGAUGUGUUCAAAUUUGCUUUCCUGUAUCUUGUGUUUUACAUACCGUACGCAUGUGCAUUCUGGAUGAUGUUUGGAGGUAAAAAACUACCCGAGGACCUGGCAGGCACCGCAAAUGCUACUGAGAUUGUGGUGAACCGCUUCCAGCAUAUAAAUGAGGUGCUCUUCUCUCUAUUCCGUCUGACCCUUGUGGAUGAGUACGAUUAUGAUAACAUGAAACUGGUGGACAGUUUGAUGGCUGACAUUCUCCUGGGAAGUUGGUUUGCUCUAUCUGCCAUUCUGUGUCUCAACCUCUUCAUUGCAUUGCUCUCAGACACCUUUCAAAGAGUUUAUGACAAUGCCCAAGCUAAUGCGGUGAUGCAGAAAGCUAUCACAGUGUUGUCCAUCUGGGACUCACUGGGGAAAAAACGAAAGCGAAAGUUUCUGGAUCGACUGAAGAAACCCAUCGAGGAUGAUUAUGACGAUGAUGUGACAAUCAGCGGGGAUGAGGACCUGAAGAAAGUCACCAUUCAGAUUAAGGAUCAACUGGAUGAGUUGGAAGAAAAAUGGAACCCAAAGAAACUUCAGAACGAUGCCAAGGCAAUAGUGGGAAGUGGGAUGACAAUGACAGAGAAGGAUGAACUAGCCGUUCUGCGAGACAGCGUCGAUGAGCUGCGUGGUCGACAGGAUUACCUGAGUAAUCAGUUUCAGAAUGAUAUGCAGACCAUCAAAUCACUCCUCUUACAACUGACGGGACAUUCAGGGGGAGGUGAUAUACAUUUACCAGAUCAGAGGUCAGAGAGUCAUUCUGUACAAGGUCAAGGUCUUCUGGAUCAUUCUAUAUCCAGAGACAAUCGGGACAGACCUCGCAAGAAAAAGAAAAGACCACCAUCAUCAGUGCUAGAUAAUGCAGUGACUGGUUUACCACCCAGGAUACCAGCUGUUCCCUCAGAUCCCCCACCUGGGUACACUCCUGUGAUAGAGGUGACAUCUGUGGACUCUCGCAGCCCUGCUUUCACCGCCUCAUCUCCCCGGGACAGGGGCUCUCUUGCUGAACCAGCCGUUAGGCUGCGUACAGGAGACUUCUGGGGAGAGGAAUCUGCUGGAGUUGACCCCAACUCUGAGUGCUAA